UCACAGCUGUUUUAAAGCAUAAAACAUGUUGCGCUUGUAAAAUCGAAGAAAAAUUUAAAGAGCUUAAUUAAAACGGAGCUAGAUCGUUGGCAGCAUGGAGGAGAGUGACGAGAAAGAGUUCAACUGUAUAGACGAGGCGAAUGCCAUCAUAGAUGAUGUCAAGGCUCACGUGGCCGAAAUAGCCAUAUCUUCCAAAUUGGACAGCAGUGCCACGCAGAUCUAUCUCAAUAUCCGCACCAUUGAGAGUGCCACUUGCUGUGUCCAAGUGACUAGCCGAGGAUUCAAAAUAGUCUCUUCACAAUAUGACACUAUCGAUGAGGACAAGGUACUGAAAGCUGCACUGCUGGAUAACGAUGAUGAGGGGGAGCCGGAGGAAGAGGAGAUAUUUGAGACGCCAUAUGCACUGCUGGACAAGAUCAGUCCACGGUAUGUUGAGUCGUUUGGUAAUCAACUCUGCCAACAGUUGCGGCAACUUCAGCAAAUGCGCACUGAAUUCAUUGAAGAAGACGAAGAAGAGGAGGAGGAGGACGACGACUAAGUGGAGGGGAUUCCCCGAUAAACAACUUCAACCUGAGGCUGUACUCAUUAAACACAAUAUUUGUAAUGUUAGUUUAUUUAUGUAUUUUAUGUGUAUUCGUAACCAUGAAAGUAUUUCGGAUCGUGUAGCAACUCAAAAUCGAACCACUCUAGACUUUUAAGCGUUUCAAAAAUAAAGAUUGUGAUUGCAA